UUAAGCCACCGUGUGAAUACCAGGUAAAAAACAAUGACUGCAGAUGCUGGGAACCAGAUUAGAGUGGUGUUGGAAACCAAACAACCUAGUGAUGUCAUGUUCCAGAGACGGUGGUACCCUCGCCUCGGAGGAUGGAAAUGAAGGUGUUAGGAGAGAGUCAGUAACCAGGCGCUUCGGAAUCCUCCCGAGCCCAGUUCGUGAGCUCAAUUCUCAACUUCCCCAUUUCCUCCGUGUGACGCAAAGCGGGGAGGAAAAAAAAAGAUCGAAAGUUUUCCGCUGUGUCUAACAUAGCUGUCAGCCUCAAGAGAGAGAGGAGAGAGAGAGAGAGGACAGAGAGCCGACCGGCUAUUUCACACCUAACAAUGAGUCCGCCGUACUUCGUGUUAGACAUCCAUGCCCAGACGAUGGAAGAGUUUUAUUUGGUAAUGGACACUCUAGCGCCGGGGAUGUGGCAUCGUUUUGCCUCUCGUAUCGUAGCUGACCAGACUGAACUAAGGAAGAUUGAAUCUCUCGGAGGAAAUAACAGCAGGACCAGAGAGUUGAUGUGGGCAUGGGGAAUGAGACAAGCAACAGUUCAACAGCUUCUACACAUCCUGAAUGAGUUGCAGCUGUAUCGUGCAGCAGAUAUUAUUCUAUCACGACAGCCUGCAACUUCUUUCGUUACGCAACCUGCUAGUGCACACAUUCCUUUACCAGAAACGUCUGAGAUGUUCUGUUCACCUCUACCUUCCACAAGUCCAGAACUGAACUGUGCAAAUACUACAGAUUUGUUGAACAAUGUGAACCAACAUGAUCCACUUCCUAGACCAUCUAUUCCUGAAAGUCUCUUGAACUCUAUUUUAGAGCCAAACUGUGACAAGUGCAGUCUGGGUGAAUUCAGCAACAUACACCUCCGGGAAUCUGAUAACCAUUCUGUAACAUUCAACUGCAUCUGGUCCUUGCAGGACCUGAAGGACGCAACUGAUAAUUUCAAUGAAAGAUAUAAGAUUGGCUCAGGAACAUUUGGCCAUGUCUACAAGGGUCACCGGUUCAAUACUGAGUACGCCAUAAAACUGCUAAAGAAGGUGGAUGACGCCAACUUGAAAAACACACAAGAUUUUUUUCAUAGAGAGGUUGAAACUCUUUACCAGUUUCAACACUCUAACAUUUUGGCAAUAGAAGGCUGCUGUGCUGAAAAUGAGAUUUACUGUCUCAUUUAUCGUUUCAUGACCAAUGGUUCACUUGAGGGCAAACUUCAGUGCACAAAUCCAGCCGAUGCAAUUUCAUGGAAUAGACGUAUCAACAUUGCAGUUGGAACAGCAAGAGCCAUUCAAUUCCUGCAUCAGAGUCAUGUGCCUCUAAUUCAUGGAAAUAUAAAGAGUUCUAACAUUCUGCUGGAUGAAUAUUUUGUACCGAAGCUUGGCGAUUUUGGUCUGGUGAAGUUUGGUCCUCUGAAUGGAAGUGUGAAUCCCUUGAACAGCCACACUACCCUGCAGACUAAGACUUUGCAGGGACCUCUAGCCUACUUACCCGAUGAAUUCAUUCGUCAUAGGUGGCUGUCUGUGAAAGUUGACACCUUUAGUUUUGGAGUAGUUCUUGCUGAGAUUCUGACUGGUAUCAAAGCAGUGGAUGAGAACAAGCAACCAGCAUUUUUGAAAGAUCUUAUGAUGGCAGAAAUGGAGGCAGCAAAGCAAGCAAAAAAUGCUGCAGAUCUAGAGAAAACAGCAUACCACAUCUGUCAGAUGUACUUGGAUACCAAAGGUGGUCCUCUUCCAUUAUGUUUUGCAAUUCAGUUUGCUGUUAUCACCUGCCAGUGCAUCAAAAAGAAAAGACCAGAAAUGAAAGAGGUUUAUUCAAUGCUGGAGAGCCUUGAGCAUCAGAUAAAAAGUCACAAUCUGCACAACUCUCCUCAGGAAGUAGAUGAUAUUUCGUGCAAGUUACAUCAAUUGGAUUUAAACCCACAGGAAAACACAGAGAUUCUUUAUCCUCCUCUGGCUUCGAAACACGGCGUAAAACCUUUACACUCUGAGAGUCCAAGCAUUUUCAAAGAAAUCUCCUCACAGUUGCCAGAUGCAAAAUUGCUGAAAAUACCAUGCGAAUCAGAUGAGAGGGACAAUUUUGGUUAUUACCGUGUGCCUGCAUCACUUAGCCAAUUAUCUUGUGAAAAGGAUCAUAUUAAGUCAAAGUGGCUUCACAAUGACUCCAGCCCGCACUCCCAGCCAACUGAAGACUGUUCAACUUACGCUAGCACAAAUUAUUGUACAGCCAGACAGGAGCCAAUAGAGAACACUUGUAGCUCUGUGCAUAAAUUGUCUCCAGCAAGAAACCAUGUCUCACAAAAGCAUUGUAUUCCACCUGUUGACUCUGAUUCUGUAUCAAAUGGCAGUUGGGAAUUUCACCUAGACUCAGAAGGUAAAAAGGUUAAUCCUGUUAAGCACACAGAGACCAUAGACACUGCAAUGAACCACUGCUGCUGUAACCCUUCUGAUCCUCUUAUUCAAGAUAGACUGAUGACCAGCUCAGAAUCUGAAAAUGCAAAAUCUCCCUCAAGAUGCACUUUGUGCAAAAGUUUGCAUGUCAAUAAGCAACGUGAUGGAGCGGUUUAUGCGUAUGAAUGCUCUGGAAUAUCCGUGGGAUGUCAAACAGGAGUGCCUGAAAGCACGAGUCCAGAAGAAAUAUCAUCUUCUUCAAAUAUUAAGAUAAACUCUCACAAAAAGAAACUACUGGCUAAGAUCCUUUUAUAUGAAGAGGAGAGAAUUGAUAGUGCCGAGCUCCUGUCAGCUCCUUCGUUGUCUGGUGAAGAAUGAGCUACAAUCUGGGUGUUUUACAAAAUUACUGAAGAUAAUGCAAAACUGGCUGGAAAUGGACAAGAAUAUGGACUAAAACCAGAGUGAAGACUCUGCCUUCAACGUGCGCCUGAAGGAUACAUUUAUCUGCUUCAAUUGUUACAAAUAUGUAGGCAAGUUUCAUAUUUAAAGGACUACUGUUACUGUGCAUUUAGGUAGUAGUAUUUUCAAACAAGAUAGCUCCUGAUGGAGUCUCCAAUUAUGCCAUGCUUAAGUAUUUCAUUUUACAACUUGCCACAUUGCUUGGUAGAAUGGGCUCAGUGGCAGAUUAUAAACUUGUAAUAUAUUACAUUUGAAUUUUAUUGCUUGAAAUUUUGACGACUUUUUUUGUAACCUAAGCAAACUUUGGGACACA